AUGGACACUCUUAUAAGUUGGGGUAACUCCCUCCCACCGCUCCAAGAGUUCGUCCCUCCGGCAUCUCCAGAAGCCUACAUCGCUCUCCUCACAAUUUUCCAAUAUUUCCCCCUGGUGACCUUCAUCCAACUAGCAACCCCUUUCUACCCGCAAGGAAAAACCUCACUCCCUUCCUCUCACCUAAACUUCCCUGGCCGCUAUGCAUGGGUCUGUAUGGAGAGCGUCGGUGCUCUCAACAUUAUGUAUACCCUAUGCACAGGAACCUCCAAGUUUCCCGGAGGCCAGUUGCCGAUUUGGCAUAAGACCGUCGCGUGCCUCUAUGUCCUCCAUUAUCUAAACCGGGCCGUCAUAACACCGCUCUUCCUCGCGCCCAGCAUGUCACCAAUUCACCUGGUCAUUAUCUUUUCGGCUAUGGGAUUCAAUUACCUCAACUCGAGCUGUAUAGCGGGCUGGUUGUUAGGUUAUGGGACACCAAUCCUGGGAUCAACAGCGCCCCAACCACAGCAAACACACCUAUCGCGGUCCUCAAGUUUCUCUGCUAAAUAUUUCCCAGCGGAAUACAUUCCUUAUAUCGGACUCUGUCUGUUCCUAAUAGGAAUGUAUGGCAACAUCAAGGCGGAGGGGACUUUAUUCCGCCUACGUAGGGAGGAAGUUGAUAAUAAUAAGAAUAACAACAAACUCACAGCCACCCAAAACUCAAAAAACAAGUACGACAAGGUCUACGUCCUCCCACCUCCCACCGGCUGGUUCCGCGCAAUCCUCUUCCCUCACUAUGUCUUCGAAUGGCUUGAAUGGCUCGGCUUUCUCUUGAUAGGAUUCUCCAUCACACCAGCCCUAUCCGCCUCCGCCUCCGCCUCUUCUUCCUUGGAAACUAAUGAUGUCUCCCCCCUCGUCCUCGCCCCUUACUACGUCCCUUUCGCGAACCUCCUGCUGCAUAAAUGGGGGUUACCAUUUCCGCUCCCGGCAAUUACAUUUCUUGUGAAUGUAGUAUCGACAACGGCCGUGCGCGCGAGUUGGGGCCGGAAGUGGUAUGUGGACCGCUUUGGAGCGGAGCGAGUGGGGAUUCGCGGAGCAUUUGUGCCUUAUUUUAAGUGGUUGUGA